GGAGUAGUCCCAUAUUCUCAUUCUUUCUCUCUCCUCUUACUCACCCACAAUUGCCAAAAUCUCAAACAAGUAUUGUGUUCGAAGUUUUCUCAUUUCUCUGCAAUAUCCAUGGCUCGACGCGGAAGACCUCGCAAGGUGGGUCUUAAACGUAUUGAUGCUGCCAUUGAUGCUUUAAAACCAAUGGGAUUUUCGCCUGAAAUUGUUCGUAUGAAUGUUGAUAAAUUGCUCAAAGAGUAUGGUGAAGAAGGGUGGCCUUUUAUUGAAGAGGCCUCUUACAAGUUGCUGAUUGAGUAUAUACUGGAACCUCCUGUGGAAUCGCCGAAUGAAGAUAGAUGUCAAGAAGGUGGGGAGGAUGAGCCGGAGGAGGCUGGACCUUCUGGUGAACCCAGUGAGUCCUUAUGCUCUAACCAUAGUACUCUCGUGGCAACUGAUACUCCUUUGGCAAGUUCUGAACCUGUUGCAGUGCAUAAGCCCUCUUUAUCACUUGCUGAGAGUGCGAAGAGCCCAAGCCAAAUCGAAGUAAACCAGGCUAAUGCUAUCCUCAUAGAUCAGGAAAAUAGUUUACCUUUUCCCUCAAUUUAUACGCUUCCAAUUCCACCUGGAAUUGAGCAUGUUCGUCAGGAAAAGAUUGCACCCAGUACACGCAGACCUUGCUAUGGUUGGAUUGGUCCCAACACUGAUGAAGAUAUUAUUCUAUUAACUCCUGCACCUGUUCUGAGCUGGAGGACUGGAAAGAGGCCAAGGAAGCGAAAAUCUAGGUGGGAUGUCGGGCCUUUAGAUGUUGUUUGACUGAACUUUUCUAUUACUUGUAUAUAACUCCUCAUUUUUCUGUAAAACUUGUUACCUUGAUAGUCUGAGAUAUCAUAAGUUUCAGUACUUUGAAAAGGCUUAGGACUUGUGCUACUUACGAAAUAGGAUGCUGAAUGUGAAGUUCUGCAGUUAAUCUUGUAACAGAAAUUAUCCCUUAUGGCUUGAAGCCUUGUAUUGAUUAGAAUGAAUGAAUUAUUACGUUGUAUUGCUUAUUGUUA